UAAAUCACGUAUUUCCAUUUACUUACACGUGCAUUGUUACAUUGAAGUGUUUUGUGCCAUAGAACACCAUAGGAUUUUCACCCUCUACGAGGAGCAAUAAAAUUUUGGUUGCACCAGAGUUUGUUCUUGCACAGUGAAAAUCCUAGGUUAAUUCAACAUGGCAAGCCUACCUGACAGACACUUGAGGUCAACAAGAAAGCUUACAGCUGGUGGACUUAUUCAGUUCGAAGACACAGUACAACGUCGUACUACAGAGUUACGUAACAUUAAACAUGACAUUGAUGGUGUUAUCGCACAGUACGAGGACUCGUCAGAUCCCCAUUUAAGACUUACACUUACUUCUCUAGCACACAAAUACGAUGCUGCCUGUCAUGAAUAUGAGAACUUUCUUAAAGCAUCACGCACAUCAGCAAGCUUAAGAGAAGAGGCUUCACACAGACUCAUAGCAGCAUCUGUGAGGGCCAAGAUAUCAUCAGUAUUAAUGGAAAUAGAUGCAAAGUUUGGAAAACAAGACAUUAAACCUGUGUUGGCUGAUUCCGAUCUUCUGACUAAAGCAAAGUCGCCCUCUAAGUCCUCAAAGAAAUUAUCUUCCAUCUGGUCAAGUCGAUCUAUGAGCAGUACAGUUAUUCGGCAGCAAAGUGCUAAGAUUGGAAUAGCCAUGGCAGAGCUACAGUUUGCGGAGGAGGAAGCUGAACUUAUCAGAAAACAGGCCUCUAUUGAAGCGGAGAAAACAAUUUUAAAGAAGAAGAGAGCUUUAGCUGAAGCACAGACUACGCUAGAAGCAAUGGAACUUGCUCUAGACAACGAAUCAGUAGCAGAAGUUGAAUCACAACCGAAUGACAGAGUAUUAGACUAUGUAUUGGAACAAAGUGACCUUGCAUCCAGUCGGGAAUCUGAGGAACUUCCACAGGCAGAGUCAACACCCCGGAAUGCUGGUGGUCAUGUGCGACACACAGAGAUUAAUCCGAUGGCUGACAUCUCAAGGUACUUGGCAAAACGUGACCUGAUAUCUUCUAGGUUAGCAGUCUUCGACGAUAAUCCAAUGAACUAUUACGCUUGGAAGGUCAGUUUCAAGAAUAUUAUGACUGAUUUACAAGUUACACCACUUGAAUGCCUAGACUUAAUGGUGAAAUGGCUUGGCCCAGAGUCACAACGUCAAGCAAAAAGUAUCAGAGCAGCAAACAUAGCUAACCCUCAGACAGCUAUUGACCUGAUAUGGGAACGUCUGGACUCGAGAUAUGGCAGCCCAGAAAUCAUAGAAGACUCCCUCCAGAGCAGGUUAGCUAAACUUCCAAGACUAACGUCUAACAGUCGUAAAGAGUACUUCGACCUACUGGAUCUAGCCACAGAAAUUCUAGCAGUGAAAAAAGAGGAUUCAAACAGAACUUUAUUUUCAUACUUCGAUUCAUCUCAUGGUGUAAACAAACUUGUAUGUAAGCUUCCACACAAUUAUCAAGAGAAAUGGUCAGGAGAAGUCAGCAAGUUCAAACAGAAGAAUCAAGGACACUAUCCGUCAUUUGACUUCUUUGUUUCAUUCCUCAAGAAUCUUGCCCGAAUGAAGAAUGACCCUGGCCUCGUGUACGAAACUUCAACAUCAACCAAACCGCCAGUUGGAAGUGGGGGUCAUAAGACUUAUGGACCAGGACGCGGUGAUUCAAGGAAUGUGAUACAUACUAGAAAGACAGAGGUGAAUAGAGAAACGCACAAGGAAAAGGAUGGAUACCUAUGUCCUCUCCACAAGACAAAGCACAAGUUGAAUGACUGUUUAGCAUUUCGUCAGAAGCCAGUAGACGAACGCAAGAAGUUCCUCUUCUCUAAUGGAAUCUGUUUUAAGUGUUGCGGUCCAGUCAAACAUCAUGCUAAAGACUGUAAAACUGAUGUUAAAUGCAACUUGUGUAACAUGUCAACACACCCUACUGCAUUACAUGAGCAACAGGAAGUGAUAUCAGCAUGCACCCAAGUCUGUAAGACUACAAACGGCAAGAGUAAAUCGUGUGCUAAGAUACUUUCUGUCAAAGUGUAUCCAGAGGGACAUCAAGACCAAUCACGUCUUAUCUACGCUGUGAUUGAUGACCAAAGUGACCAUUCCUUAGCUACACCUACCUUCCUUGACUCAUUCCAGGAUAAUAGCCCUGUUUAUGACUAUUGUAUUAUUUCCUGUGCUGGCCGCAAAAUGACAUCAGGAAGAAGGGGAGCAGGCUACAUUGUCGAAUCAUUGGAUGGAUCCACUGUCUUGAAACUCCCUACCCUGGUUGAGUGUUGUGACAUACCUAACAAUAGGGAUGAGAUCCCAUCCCCAGAAGUUGCCUUACAAUAUGCAUAUCUGCAUGAUAUUGCACCUUUCAUUUUACCAGUGAAUGAAGAUGUAGAGAUAGAACUUUUGAUUGGCCGAGACCUUAUCACAGCGCAUCACGUGCUUGAUCAGCGGAUCAGCAUCGACCAUUUACCUUACGCACAAAGAUUACCUUUAGGAUGGGUUAUCUUGGGUCCCGUAUGCCUUGGUAACGCACACCUUACUGACUCUGUGAAUGUGAAGAAGACCUUCAUCUUACCAAACGGGAGACCAUCACUUUUGGAGCCCUGUGAGAGCAAGUUAAGUUUAAAGGAAGACCCGUUUUUGAGAACAAGCCAGGACGAGAAGCCCGGACUGUCUAUUGAAGACAAGGCAUUUUUACAGAUCAUGGAUUCAGGCUUCAAGAAAGAUGCAGAUGGCCACUGGACUGCUCCUCUCCCUUUCAAAGAGGACAGACCUCGUCUACCGGACAACAGAGGCCAUGCCUUGAGGAGAGCCAAGACCUUGGAUCUCAGUCUUCUUCAUAACCCUGUCAAGCGUGAGCAUGUUCAAGAAUUCAUGAGAAAGAUAUUUGAUAGAGGUCAUGCAGAAUUGGCACCACACUUACCUGCAGGAAAUGAGAGAUGGUACUUACCCAUGUUCGGGGUAUACCACCCCAAGAAACCAGAAGCUAUCAGAAUGGUUUUUGAUUCGUCAGCAAAACACGAAGGGGUGGCUCUCAAUGACAUUUUACUCAAGGGGCCUGAUAGCUCGAACAAUCUCCAGGGAAUCUUAAUGCGCUUUCGAAAGGAGAAAAUAGCAAUUACUGCUGAUGUAGAACAGAUGUUCCACAAUUUCAGGGUGUACGAGCCACACAGAGACUAUCUGAGAUUCAUUUGGCAUGAGGAAAACAAUGUAGAAAAACCCCUAACUGAUUACAGGAUGACAGUGCACGUCUUCGGCAAUAGUCCAUCUCCUGCGGUUGCCACGUACGGACUCCGCAAGUCAGUCGCCAAUGCAGAUGAUGACGUCAGAAGUUUUGUCAACCGGAACUUCUACGUGGAUGAUGGGCUCAUCAGUUGUCCUUCGGAGACAGAAGCCGUGAACCUGUUCAAGAGAACUCAAGAAUCCCUGAUGAGUGGUGGGCAUCUUAGACUCCACAAGGUAGCCUCUAACUCAAAGGCUGUUCUACAGAUGUGUGACUCAGAUGAUCUGGCAAAGGAUCUCAAAGAUUUAGACUUAGGACAGGAUACUCUUCCAGUGCAGAGGAGUCUUGGUGUGUCUUGGGACAUUGAAUCAGACAACAUUGUGUUCCAUGUAUCUACUGACCAAAGACCAUUCACCCGUCGAGGAGUCUUGUCAGUAAUUAACAGUCUUUAUGACCCGGUGGGAUUCACAGCACCAGUUACACUCCAAGGCAAACUCCUACUUCGAGAAAUGAUGUCAUCCUUCUCAGGCCCAUUAGAUUGGGACGAACCCUUGCAGCCUACUUUCCAGAAGCGUUGGCAAGACUGGGUCAUCUCACUUCAACAGCUCGAGCUCCUAAAGAUUCCUAGGAUGUAUUGCAAGUUAUCUAUUACCUUUUCCUCUAAGUGUGAAGUUCACAUCUGUUCAGAUGCGUCUAAAGAAGCUAUAGCUGCCGUAGCAUACCUUAAAGUGUUCACUGAAAGUGGUUCACAUGAUUCGGGAUUCCUAUUGGGAAAAGGAAAGGUAGCCCCAGUACACGGCCAUACCAUACCUCGCCUUGAGCUCUGUGCUGCAGUCAUGGCAGUAGAUCUAGCGGAAAUCAUCAGUGAGCAAAUGGACAUUGACAGAGAAGCCUUUCAUUUCUACACAGACAGUCGCAUCGUCUUAGGGUAUAUUUCAAAUGACAGUAGACGUUUUCAUGUGUACGUAGCUAACAGAGUUGGUAGAAUUCGAUCCUUCAGUAAACCUUGCCAGUGGAACCAUAUUUCGACUGACUGUAACCCAGCAGACUUGGCAACUCGAGAGUUUCAUGCUAGUGAUUUACCGUAUAGCAUGUGGAUUCAUGGACCUUCCUUUCUUAAAGAGGAUCAUGUUAGUGAUGAAGACUCAGAGAACAGAUCUGAGGGGUUUCCUCUCAUUGAUGCAGAGGAGGACAAAGAAGUGAAGAAGGAAGAUGUGAUGUGCAUGAAGACUACGGUAGAACAGACUUUAGAUUGGGAGAGGUUCGCAAGGUUUUCGAGUUGGAAACAUUUAGUAAGAGCAGUUAUGAACGUAAAGAGACUUGCGAGAAAGUACAAGAAAUCUCAGACUGAAGUAUCUGUCUCAGAGGCUGAGAUUGUCAUCAUCAGAAAGGUUCAGAGCAUGAUAUUUCCAGAAGAGAUUGCGGCAAUCAUGGAGGGGAGAAGCCCACCACAAAACAGUACAUUACUUCCGUUGAAACCAAUCUUAGAUGAACAUGGAGUAUUACGUGUAGGAGGGCGGAUUCAAAGGAUGAGAGGUAAAAAACAGAAUGACUACACAAAGGCCAUCACCUGUCACCCUAUAAUAAUUCCAAAGGGACACCAGAUUGCACUUCUACUUGUUCGUCACUACCAUGCUUCCAUACACCAUCAAGGACGUCAUCUCACAGAAGGGGCAAUUAGGUCAGCAGGAUAUUGGAUUAUAGGAGGGAAGAGACUUGUCUCCUCUGUCAUACGGGAUUGCGUAACUUGUAAGAGGCUCAGAGGACAGACUGGUUGGUGUCAGAUGGCAGAUCUUCCCAUUGACAGGAUGGAACCAGGCCCUCCCUUCACUUUCGUAGGAAUUGACACAUUCGGUCCAUGGCCUAUAGUCUUCCGCAGAACGAGGGGUGGCCAAAGCAAUCAAAAUCGAUGGGCCAUCAUGUUCACUUGUUUGGUCUCAAGAGCGGUACAUGUAGAACUUGUGGAGGAACUCAGUAGCUCUUCAUUUAUAAAUGCAUUGAGGAGAUUUGUAGCUGUCCGGGGGCCAGUGAAACAGUAUCGGUCUGAUAGAGGCACAAACUUUGUGGGUGCGGCAAAGGAACUUGACAUUGACGCCCAUUUUGUAGAAUCUGGAGAAGUCGGACAGUACUUAGCUGAGAAUGGAGCUUCUUGGUUGUUCAACCCUCCCCAUGCAUCUCACUUCGGUGGUGCAUGGGAGAGAAUGAUUGGUGCGUGCCGGAAGAUCUUGGAUGCCAUGCUACUACAAAACAAACAUGACCUUACCCAUGAAGUAUUGUCAACACUUAUGCUAGAGGUAUGUGCUAUCUUGAACGCACGUCCAUUGGUACCGGUUUCAUCAGACCCAGAGGAACCCGAAGUUCUCUCACCUUCGCUGUUACUUACUCAAAAACCGUCAUCAUGGGACUCUCAACUACCAGAGUUUGAGCUUAAGGACGCAUUAAAAAGCCAAUGGAAGUUUGUUCAGCAUCUUGCGGAUGAGUUCUGGACCCGAUGGAGUUCAGAUUACUUACAGAAUCUUCAGAAGCGACAGAAGUGGGAAUCAGGAGGUGUAACAUUCAGUGUUGGGGACAUAGUUCUCAUGAAGGAGAGUGAUCUGUCAAGGAACCGAUGGCCGCUUGGUAUCAUUGAAGAGACAUUUCCCAGUGAUGACAGUUUCGUUCGCAAAGUGAAAGUUGUUGUGAUACGGGAUGGUAAACGAACACCCUAUGUGAGACCAAUAUCUCAACUGAUCCAUCUGAUUGAAGUAAAGUGA